AUGGAUUGGGCUCAAGGGCGUGAACGGAAUGAACCACAAGACUGUCCGUCAGAUUGUCAGAAGCGGAGUGGAGAGCUUCAUGCAACAAAAAUUUCAGUUUCUUUUACCAUGUGGGUUGAUGAGAAAUUAUGUACUAAGCAGGAGACUCAUGCUAGGGUUGAAGAUCAAUAUGGUGAAGGUGAUUUCACUGCAUUCCAUGUGCAACAAGGAGAAGAACAUGAGCUGACUUGUUUGGACUGA